AUGCCGCGACAACAAAGUGCUCAAUCAACUUCUCGUGAAAGCAGAAUAAGUCUUGCUAUAGCAUCCUAUCAUAAUAAUAAAAAACAGCCUAUCCGUGCGCUUGCGAAAGCGUAUGACGUACCAAAGUCAACUCUGUAUACGCGCAUCCAUGGUACUCAGCCACAAUCAGAUACUCCGUCUAUCAGGCGUAAGCUAUCAUCUAUCGAGGAGCACUCUCUUGUUCAG